AUGGCAGCGAAACGUAUGAAGAAUGAUCGAGGCCGGAUCGAAUUCGCGGAACAAAUGUGUACGACGUAUAGCCACUCUACACUUAAGAAAAUUAUCGCUCAAAGCGAUGUUCAUCUUGCGAGAAUCGACAAACCCCUUCUUGUGUUUAAAGUAUUCUAUUUCUUCCUCUUUGGAUCAAUCGCCACGGCCUUCCCGUUUUUACCUUCGUAUUUUGGACAGAUUGGUUUCUCAUCGUCUCAAAUCCAAGCUCUUGCUUGGGUAAGACCGGUCGUGCGACUUUUGUCCAGUCCAGUUUGGGGAAUUUUGGCGGACCGCUGCUUGCCCAAGAAAAUGAUGCUUCAGUUUUGCACAUUCGUCUGGCUCAUAGGGACUAUUUCAUUAGCUUUUGUCGAGCCCACUAGUCAGAUGUGCCAACUUAUUUCCCUCAACGACACAGGUUUGAAAAUUAUCAAUUCUACAGAGAUGCAAACCGGAUUUUUUCGGCGGAGAAGAACGGCUGAGUUCUUCGAGAUGCGGUCCAAGCUGAUUCCUAAAGUACAUAAAGUAAAUUUGACUUCUGGUGGCUCAGAGAGUGUGGACGUUUCGUUCGGGUCGGGCACAGACACUGCAGCAGUGUCACAGGAAAACGAAGCAUCUGGAAGUGGACUUAUUAUCGAUUCUUUGCAUCCCAACAAAAGAAUGGACGAAUUUAAUAAUACUGAUGCAAAUAAGACUCACGACUUCAUAAAAAUUUUAUCUCCCCAUCAUAAAUCAAGUUCUAAUGACACGCCCAAUCCCAACGAGUUUAACUUCGCCAUACGAAACGAACUCAGAGAAAAUACCUCUAGGUUAUAUCAAAUAUUUCUUGGGGCCAUAGCGAUCGUCGUGUUUGAAGAGAUCUUCAUGUGCCCAGUGAUGUUUGUUGCUGACGCAGUUUUACUGGCCAAACAGACAGAAGAGGGUUCUCUUGUUGUAUAUGGAUAUCAACGGGUUUUUGGCUCUAUCGGCUUUCUGAUAUUCUUUUUAAUCACUGGAUCUUUAGUGAAUGAUUCAUUUCGCCCGGUCUGUGGACAUAUGUAUGCGGACUAUGUCAUUAACUUCUGCUUUUACUGUGUUUUAACAAUAAUUACGUUGUUGGUGUUGAUCAAGUUCGAAGGACCACCAAGAAAUCCGGACGGUUCUCCGUGCGAGAUUCUUAAAACUGUUUUUCAUAAUAAACACUACGGAUCUUUCUUUGCUUCUGUGGCAUUUUUGGGUUUUUCACAUAUCGUGAUUUCGAAUUUUCAUACCACAUAUCUCAUGGAAAGUAAUAUUGGACACUCGUCAUCUGCUACAAUAAAUGCCUUCCGUCUGCUAGGCGAGCCAUUAGCCUUCUUUGUCAGCCAUAAACUAAUAGCACAUAUCGGGGAUAUAAACAUGAUGUUCGCUUCACUCGCAUUGAACAUGUUUAAUCAUUUCGCGUGCUCAUUUGUCACCAGUCCCUGGCAUGUGAUUCCACUCGGCUUCCUUGAAGGCUUCACCUUUGGAUGUUCGUUUUUGGCAUGCGUCACUUAUCUGGCGAAAUCAUCUCCGGUUGAUUAUAUCACAACUGUACAAGGUAAUGAGCUUUGCCCUUAUGGCAAUUAAUAUGUUUUUUUUUUAGAGAUAAAAGAGAUAUCAGAGCUCUUUACCACAGCCUUAAUGAAACAUUUUAGGUCUUUGCAGCACAAAUGCUCCUAAAUGGUCUUGGUACCGACAAUAGGAAGGAUCCUUUCGCCAAUUUCUUUAACAAUAAUCUCUUUACCAGUUGUUUGUAACUGUUUGGUAUAUUGGUCAGUUGUUAGAUUUUCGUUAUAAAAUCUAGUUUGUGCGUUCUUUGUUAUUUUCUUCACAAACCUCGAUCAGGUUUUGUGAUAACACUUAUGCCAAAGGCAAUGUACACGUUAGCCUCGUACGAUCGACGGUAAGUUUGUGAAUUUCAAAGGUCUGGUAGAGCCUCUCUUUAUGCCUUUCUAUAGACACAGUUUUAGAGAACUGUUGCAUUAUUCAAUGAUCUCGGUGGUAGCUUAAGGUGCAGAGGCCUAGGUCCUUUACCAAAGUCAAACAAAUUUAAGCGAUUCGUGGAUCAUCCUUGGUGUAAAAUGCCUGGACCAGUGCCUUUGAACCGAAGCUAUACUUGGUCUUGUAAGAAUGGAAUCCAUGUUCCUCUGACUACUCUGACUAUAGCUACCUGGGCGGAACAUGUCGGAAGAUUUUAGGACACAUGUAUGUCAAAAGCCAGACUGACACUUUUUGUGAAAUCCCUAAAGCUGGAAAAACAACUUUCCACGGCCAGCAUUUCAACAAGAGGCAGAAUGCUUCAGACCGUGGUUGAUGACCCUCAUUUUCUGGAAGGCAAGCAGCAGAUGCGUGACUCUGAAAGGAAUAGAGCUGCAUUAUGCCGAUGUAAAGGAGAAAAACAAGCGAUAA